UGCGUGGCUUAAGUAAAUUAGUUUAGUUUGGUCUUAACUUUUGUCGAUUGUGGUCGCGUUAGUCUCUGCUUUAUAAAUGAAAUUCAUUCAAAUCGAAAAAAGGAAACAUACUUUUCAAACUAAAACUAAAAUAGUUGUCAACGAAUUUCGUCUGUUUUUCACAAAUUAAAAUAAAAGUCGUGUGGGAUAAGACGAGAUAGAGAGGUGUUGGAAAGAGCAUUAUCCUCGAGGGGAGACAAUAAUUUAUAUCAUCAAUAUGAGCAAAUAUUUGGUUCCGCGUGUGCACGUGUUUUUGGGAAAAUAAAAUAAUGAAUGAUAUGCGGUUAGACGAGUCGUGGUAAGAGAACUUUGUUUGUUGCUAUUCCGUUGGCUUUUUAAAUCGGAAGGGGGUUGAAGAAAACAUGACACGAAUAAAACUGAAACGCAAGGAUGUACUUCAUUUGAUGGGUGUCAUCAAUAUUGUUGGAUUGAUACAUUAUGGAUAUUGUGAGCCGAACAACUCAGAUGAACAGGAUAUGUCACAUUUUGAUAUGAAAAAUCAUGAGGAGCUCCUGGAAGACAUCCGAGAAGAUACAUCGGUGAACACAAUACCUGAAAAGGAUCUACCGAAAUUUGGUGAACCUUUACAAAAUGUUACAAUCCCUGUGGGACGAGAAGCUAUUCUUCAAUGUGUCGUUGACAAUCUACAGACUUACAAGAUCGCGUGGUUACGUGUGGAUACACAAACCAUUCUAACGAUACAAAAUCACGUAAUCACCAAAAAUCAUCGAAUGAGCAUAACUCACGCUGAGAAACGUGCUUGGGUAUUGAAAAUUCGUGACGUUAAGGAAUCGGACAAGGGAUGGUAUAUGUGUCAGAUAAACACGGAUCCGAUGAAGAGUCAAGUUGGUUAUUUAGAUGUUGUUGUUCCACCUGACAUCCUCGAUUACCCAACGAGCACGGAUAUGGUAAUUCGGGAGGGAAGCAAUGUUACAUUGAAAUGUGCAGCGACAGGAUCUCCUUCUCCAACGAUAACAUGGCGAAGAGAGAGUGGUGAUCCGAUCCCAGUGCCCAAUGGACCAGAUGUUAUAAGCUAUAACGGGUCGUAUUUAACAAUUCCCAAAGUAAACCGACUCAAUAUGGGCGCAUAUCUGUGCAUAGCUUCAAAUGGUAUACCACCGACUGUCAGCAAGAGGGUAAUGCUAAUUGUCCACUUUCCACCAAUGAUAUGGAUUCAAAAUCAAUUAGUUGGAGCUGCCAUUGGUCAGAAUAUCACAUUGGAAUGUCAGUCAGAAGCAUACCCGAAGUCCAUUAACUUGAUGAAGAAUGACACUAUAAUUGUACCAGGUGAUCACUUUGUGCAAGAAGUACUAGAGAAUGGAUACAAGAUAACAAUGCGAUUGACGGUGAAUGAUGUUGACAUAAAGGACUUUGGUUCUUAUCGGUGUGUUGCUAAGAAUUCACUUGGAGAUACAGAUGGUGCAAUUAAAUUAUACCAUAUUCCUCAGACGACAACUAUUACUACCGUUGCACCAACUGUUCCCCUGAACACAAUGCCAAUGGUUAUACUCAAAUACAACAAAGAUCAACGUUACAACAAAGUACAUCGGACAAAGUCAAAAGCAGACCUAUCUACAUCAUCAUUGAACAAUGUUUAUGUUGGAGCUACAUCCAGUUUAUGGAAUUCUCCAGACCAAGUCAAUCGGGAUCAAAGUCCUGAUCACAACAACUACCGCAGUGAUGGUUCAAAGACUUCUUCCAAACAUGAUGCCGAUUCUUUGACAGAUGAUAGUUCAUCAGUAAUAUCUUUGAGCACAAAAUGUUCAAUAGGAACUUUCAUAAAUAUGUACCUUUAUAUAUCCUUAAUUUACUACACAUUAACACUUUGUCAUGUGUAGCAAAUGUUUUAUUAACAAACCAAAAACCUGUAAGAAGAACGAUUCGCAAUACAUUUUGUAAAAAUAAUUACAUUAAUAAAGUUAUUAAAAAAAAAAAAGAAGUUUUAUCUAUAUUUAUUUACAUAAAUACAAAAUAAAACAUUCGACUAUAUGAAGAAGCAAACAACAAUUAUUGUAAAAUACAACCGUUCAACUAUCACGAAAUUAAAAAUUAUAAAUGUAAGUUUUAGAAUACACACAAACUAUUUUUAAAUUAAAUAAUAAGACUGCAAGUUAAAUGAAUACAUAAAUAAAAUAUCAAAUUAUGUGCUUAACGAAUAAAAGUUAUGAAUUAGUUCCUUUGUUCUUCCUUAGUUAAAAAAAAUAUAUUUUUUUAUUGUAAAAUUAGAACUGAAAAUAAAUAGAAGAAUUUCAGACAAGAGAGUUUAAUAAUAAUUAUGUACAUUUGUUUAUUUUAAAUCAUAAAUGAGCUUGUUAAGCGUAUUUCGUUGAGCGAGAUAAAGACAAAAUUAACCAAUAAAUUAAAUACAAAUUAUACUAUUAAGCCUAUUGUUAACUGUAAAACAAAACAAAAAAAUCUACUAAAUUUAUAAACACGUAAUUAAAAAAGAAUUAGGGUAGGUUAUUAUUUACAAUGUAAAAUGCAGAUACAAAUAAUUUCAUCAUCAUGAAAAGAAAAUUCAUAUAUUAUAUUCAAAAAAUGGAGUUGUAACUAGUGAAAACCGUAAUAAAUAUUAAUUAUAAAUAUAAUUCAAAGAAAACAAAAUUGUAAAAAUUUAAAUAAACCAAUUUCCAAGAAAAAGGA